AGUUAGGUUUUUUAAGGGUUUAUUAUUUAUCCACGGAUUUAACCAAAACCGUGAAAAGCAACACAUUUUUGGUUAUUCCGACGAUAUAGAACCACCGAUUUGCGACUAGAAACUCCCAAGAGGCACGAGAAAAAUGGCUAGAGACAGCGUUCUCACCCGCGUAGCAACCGGAGCCGCCGUGGGCGGUGCUAUCGGCGGCGCAGUCGGUGCUGUUUAUGGGACAUACGAUGCGAUUAGGUAUAAGGUUCCUGGAGCCCUCAAGAUAAGGCACAUUGGACAGACAACUCUAGGAAGUGCAGCUGUAUUUAGCUUGUUCCUUGCUGCAGGAAGCUUGAUUCGUUCUCACUAAUUUGUUUCAUAUUAUAAUGUGCUUAUGUCAUAAUUACUAGCAUUUCCUUUGAAUUUUAGCCAGCACAGAAUUGCCUUUUUCGUAAUCCUGUGAGAUGUAAUCUUUUUCGUGUCCAAAAAUAACUUAACUGUUAUGUUGUUGCCUUUUCAAAAGUUUUCCAAUGUGCCAUUGACUUUUUUUAA